AGGCGAAGCAAGCAGCUGCCGCGAUGUCCACCCCCAUGUCUUUGUGCUCGGUCGCAGUGCAGCCCCGUGCUGCCGCCCGCCUGCAGGGCUCGCGCUUUCUGGGCAAGAUGGCUGUGGCACAAAGCAAGCCUAUGCGCGUGUGCGGGCCUCGCCAGAUGCGCAUCCAGGCGAUCGCAGAGGGAGACAAGCUGCCUGCCGACGUGAAGCUCAACUACUUUGAUGCGGAGGGCAACAUGCAAGAGGUCGCUGUGGGCAGCCUGACCAAGGGCAAGAAGGUGGUGCUGUUUGCGGUGCCCGGCGCCUUCACCCCCACCUGCAGCCUCAAGCACCUGCCCGGGUUCAUCGAGAAGGCGGACGAGUUGCGCGCCAAGGGCGUGGACACCAUUGCCUGCGUGUCGGUCAACGACGCAUUCGUCAUGGACGCCUGGGGCAAGAGCGUGGGCGCAGACGGCAAGGUCAUGAUGCUGGCGGACGGCAGCGCCGUGUUUGCGCAGGCCAUUGGCGCGGAGCUGGACCUGGCGGACAAGGGGCUGGGCGUGCGCUCCCGCAGGUAUGCCAUGCUGGUGGACGACGGCACCGUCAAGAAGCUCAACAUGGAGGAGGGUGGCGCCUUCACCGUCAGCGGUGCCGACGACAUCCUGGCUGCGCUGGACUGAGCCUGAGCGCCAGUCCCGGCCUGCUGCUGAGGCCGAGCCGAGCCUGAGCUGGGCCCGAGCCCGCUGCAGAGACAGCUGGGCUGCUUGUCUGCGCCCGCCGUUGUGCCUU